GAGCCAUGGCACGGUGGUAUACCGUUGAAUUUGUGUUGUGGUAUCUCAUCAUUUUGAAGGUCUAUUGCCGAAAGUUACCAGAUGCUGCUGCAGAACUGGCCGAAAUGUGCAAUCAGGACAGAAGGUGUUCCUCCUACCUUCACCAUUCGUACUUCUGGCCCAAGUACCCCAUAGACCUUUCAGAUAUUCAAUGGCGAGAAUACAGAAAGGUCUUGCCGUUGCUGUCCUUAGCAGCAGCUGCACACAUCUUGGCACGUGCUGCUUUGGGACGUCGCAGGAUCUGGCCAUGUUUGAUGCUCUCCGGAGCCUUUGUUCUCUACGUGCAUGGUGCUCACACCAUCUUUGUCAUUGCAGCGUGCUUUGGUUCCUAUGCUCUUGCCAAAGUCUGUGGUGUCUCACGCUGGGCGCCCUUUGUCGCCUGGGCAUAUGGACUGCUGAUGAUUGCCAUCAAGCUCAGUGAGGUGCGGAUAUCCUUCGGCUUCCUCGGCCCUUUUGGCUAUUGGCUGAAUGGACUCCAAUCCCAUGUUGCCUGGAAAACAUCGCUGGUUUCGCAGUGGAAUUUGGUUGGUUUUUGUGGUCUGAUUUUGUGGUUCAGCAAGGAUUGGCAUCAAUCAUUGAGUCUGCUGUGCCUCAGACUCAUCUCAUUCAAUAUGGACUACUAUUGGACCCUCAAGGAGCUAAAAGACACAAAGGUGGAUGAUGCCCAGGCCAAGGUCACUUCAAUGCCAUCCAGCCUCUAUAAGACAAGGGAACAGCAGUCAAGAGACUUGGAGGAGUACAACAUCACCAACUGUUUGGCCUAUUGUUUCUAUUCACCACUGUGGUUGGCUGGACCCACCACCACCUUCAAUGCCUUCACUUCGCACAUUCGCGACAGGUCGCAAGAAGCUGUCGUUGGCUGGAAACUGCUUCUGUACGCCACCCGACUUCUUUUCUGCUUUGUGCUAUUGGAAGUGAUGCUCCAUUCCUGCCCGGUCUGGGCCAUUGGACGGUCAUCACUGUACUUAAAAGUCCAGCGUCCGGAUCUUUUAGCGUCUUAUGCCAUGAUGAUGCUCAUCGCGAUGUGGUUGAAAUUUCUGAUCAUUUGGCGUUUCGCUCGUUUGUGGGCCCUUUGUGAUGGAAUUGAAGUUGUUGAAAACAUGCAGCGCUGUGUUUGCAACAAUUAUUGCAUCACCAGCUUCUGGCGUGGAUGGCAUGUGAGCUUCAACCGAUGGCUGGUUCGAUAUUUGUACGUCCCUUUGGGUGGUCGCAAGUAUCGCCUCGUGAAUGUGUGGCUGGUCUUUGGUUUCGUCGCACUUUGGCAUGAUGCUGAGUUGAAACUCCUCGCCUGGGGCAUGUUGAACGCCCUCUUCAUGGUUGGAGAAUCCCUCGCUGCAUGUGUUUGGAGAAGCAAGGUGUUUUCCACUGUGAGGGCCUUGCCUGAAACUUCAAGGUGGGUCCGAGCAGCCGCAGGAGCCAGCUAUGUCUACGUCCUGUUCUUCGUGAACCUCACGGGCUACGCCUUGGGAGUUGGUGGAACUGCCUCGUUGGCGCAGCACGCCUUUUUGGAAGACUGGGCACCGUGCUUGGAGACUUUGGUUUGCACUGCCAUCUUUCUCUUCGCUGCAGUCCAGGUGAUGCUGGAGCUUCGUGAGUGUGGCCUAUGCGUUGAUGGUGCUGGGUGAAUGGAUGUGAAUUGCCAACCAGGAUCUCCAAGUUCCACCUGCAGGUCUUCCAUGCCGUUUGUCCCUGGAGAAUCUGAAGCGACCAGGCAGUUGGACCAGGUCGAGCUGGAGCUGGUGAGAUCGUUCUCUGAAACCGGAAGAUGCUCCGAAAGAUGUGGGCGUCCAUUUCAGGAAGACCUGCUGCGAAGGACAAAGUUGCCUUUGAAAUCCUCGAAUUCUGUGGAAAAGCC